AUGAAGCUGGAGGUGAAGAUCGAGCUGCUGAAGUUCUGCUCUGCGCUCUUAAACUCCAUCUUCCUGGCUCUGGGUCUGAGCGUGGCCGGCUGUGGAGUCUGGAUCCUGUUUGACAGAGGAAGCUUCCUGACCGCCAUCUCCUCCGAUGAGCUGCGUACCGUGGGGGCGGGGCUGCUGCUGAUUGGUGGAGUGGUGGUGGUCGUCAGUGUCGUUGGAUGUGUCGGAGCUGGUAGAGAGAACAGAUUCCUGCUGCUGAUGUACCUGGGCUUCCUCAUCGUCCUGAUCUUGGGUCAGCUGUUCGUCACGCUGCUGCUGCUCAUAAGUAAACACACGAUUGAACGGAGUCUGGACGCCUCAGUGGACAGGAUCAUCCUUCAGUAUGGAGGACGCGGUCAGGACAGACUGAUGGACAACGUGCAGCACUAUGGGAAGUGCUGUGGCAGGACGGGCGCUGCCGAUUGGCUGAAGAACUCUUAUAUUCAGACGCUGAACCUGACCAACCCACACGUUCUUCCCUGUUCCUGCUUCAGCUCGUAUCGUCCCAGCCUGGACUCGUCCUGGUGCUCCGAUCUGCUGAACUUCAGCGCUCCGCUGUUUGGACGAGGAAACACCUCGUACCAUCAG